CAUUUUGGAGCUUUGUGAGUUUGGGUCUGGGUUGGGUUGGGCUUUUGGAUUUUUGCAUCCAAACACUGUAACUACAAUCUCCUCUCUCCCAGUUCAACGUCAACUACCCCCCUAACCCCUUACCCCACUCUCUCUCUCUCUCUCUAUCUCUCUCUGUCUCUGUCUCUCUCUAACUAUCUAUCUAUAAAUACCCACCCCUCCUCUCACGUUUUCUUUGUUAGCUUGCUAGGCAUUUUGGAUAACGAGAGAAAGUUUGAGUCUUUGAGAGAGAGAGAGAGAGAGAGAGAAGGUGAGGAGUAGGUGGUGCUGUUGCUGGGUAGCGUGGAAGCACAACGCGUGUUGUUGUUUUUGACUUUUGGAAGCACAAUUGCAAUGGAGGUGGAUGGCAAAUCUGUGGUAGCAGGAUCUACGAAUGUUAUUUUUCUGUCGACUAUUUUGGGCCGAGAUGGGUCAACUUCUGUUCACAAAUGUGACUGGAAAUGCCAGAACGAGCAUGUCUGCGCGAAUAUGUAUUGCUGCAAGCUAACUGGACUCACUCACAUCUGUGACAAAAACUGUGACCAGAGGAUCCUGUAUGAUAACCAUAGCUCCCUUUGUCGAGCAAGCGGAAAGAUUUUCCCCCUUACACAAGCAGAGGAACAGGCUGUGAGAGGGGUCCGGAGGAAGCUUGAGUCAGAGAACUCUUCUGUGGACAGUUGUUCUUCUAAGCGCAGACGGGAUGCCCAGUUCCAUCCUUCUCCUUUCGAGAGAUCCUUCUCUACAGUCAGUCUGAUCUGCAGCAAAGUUGGAGAUGGCAUGGAUAUGAGCUAGAGUUAUAAGAUAACUGAAAGACUUUUAUUGCUUAUCUUUAUCUUGUUCCUUUGAAACCUUUCCUUAUUUUUCAUUCGUCGAACGGACAUGGAUGAUGAACUUGAUGAGUACUUAAGUGGCGGACCUAAUGUGUCCUACCCGUCUGUAGGAACAAUCUAUAUUUGUAGUCCUGUUUACUGCAAUUUAACUCAACCAUUAGCUUGACUUAAACAAGGAAUGUCAAUUCGGGGGUUGGUCA